AUGAAAAUCACGUGGAAUGUUAAUUAUCGAAUCGAAUCAAAAGAAACAAAAAAUAUUUGGACGAAUAAAGCUUCUGACAUAAGUAAUGAUUGUUCAGAAUCCAUAGAACAGAUUUCUGUCGACACGCAUACAUUGCACGUUUUGUCCAUUUCAGAACAGACAAUAUCAGACCAGACAGACGACAAAAAUGUUCUCAUUCAUUCAUUUCAGGAUGAUAAAGGAAUAAUUGCUUAUGAGAACCAGAAGAGAGAAAACAGAAAUCAACGAGAAUGUGAAGAAGAAAUAAAAGUCUUUCGGUGA